CCUUAUCCAAUAUGGGGAAAAUCGCAUUCUUUGAGGAGAAGAAUUUCCAGGGCCGUUGCUAUGAGUGCAACAGUGACUGUGCUGACCUGCGCUCCUACUUCGCCCGCUGCAACUCCAUCCGUGUGGAGAGCGGCUCCUGGGUCCUCUACGAGCACCCCAACUACAAGGGCUACCAGUACAUCAUGAGCCCCGGAGAGUAUGCCGACCACCAGCAGUGGAUGGGCUUUAACGACAGCAUCAAAUCCUGUCGCGCUAUCAAAAACAUCUAUGGCAAUGCCUGGAAGCUGAGGCUGUACGAGCGCCCAGACUUUGCAGGCCAGAUGGUUGAGUACACUGAGGACUGCCCCUCUGUCCACGAGGCCUUCAAGUUCCGCGAGGUCUUCUCCUGCACGGUCACCCAUGGGGCCUGGGGCUUCUACGAACUCCCAAACUACAGGGGGCGCCAGUACUUCGUCGAGCGUGGCGAGUACCGGAAGUUCGCUGACUGGGGGGCCCUGUCUCCUGUCAUCGGCUCCUUCCGCAGGAUCACUGACUUCUAAAGCCCCCCCCCCCCCCCCUCUCUAUCUCUGCAGAACCAUUUUGACCUGACUGAGAACCCAGCUCUAAAGACACUGAGUUCUAGUGCUACACCUGCUUUUGUUUGCCUGCUCAUACCAAUAAAACUCUUGCAAAGCUAAAA